UUUGUUAUCGAAAUGUGAGAUAGUCAUAUUUUAAAACAUUUAGAGUUAGCAAAGUGUUGGGAGAUGUUUUGUUUCCAACAAUGAUAUUUAGACGCAGUCUCGUUAGAAGUUUAAAAAUUGUAAUAGUCGUCUUCGUAAUUCAUUCUUUUCUUGCUUUUGUUCAAUUUUUGCGACCAUCUGACCAAGUUAGACAUGCACAGAAUGGUACAUAUAGGACACUAGAUACCAAAGAUGACCUUAUCCUCUCCGAUGCUAUAACCAAAGCUUCAGACUCACCUAGAUCCAAGAUCUCCCAGAGCCGAGUGAUGAAGAUCAUGGACUUUAACCCCAAGCCAAACUGCGCACACAGACUCAAGUUCAAGAAGUGUGAGUUUGACGCAUGCGCUAUGACCACAAACCCACAGGAAGCGGAUAUUCUGAUGUUCAACGCAGUUAAUAUGAAGGACUUGAUUGUACCAAAGCGUCCUAUUGGACAGAUUUGGCUCCUGUACACGAGAGAACCGAUCACAGAUAGGAGGAUGCAAUACUUGAACCAAUCUUCUUAUCAUGGUCAAUUCAACUGGACCAGGACCUACUUUAGCGAUUCAACUUUCUUGAGCAUUUAUGGACUUCUAAUUCCACGCAAACGUCCACAGAAAGAUUAUGAACAGAUCUACCAUCGCAAGAAAUAUGACGUGGCAUGGUUUGUCAGUAAGUGUAGCACCAGCUCAAGGAGGGAGGACUAUGUCCACAGAAUGUCCAAGUUUGUCCAGGUCCACGUUUAUGGUGGGUGUGGGAACUUCAGCUGUGGGUCUGGAGGUUUUGAUAUGGGAGGAUCUCGGGAUGAAUGUCUACACAAACUGUCAGAAGAGUACAAAUUCUAUUUGUCCUUCGAGAACUCGUUUUGUAGAGAUUAUGUCACGGAGAAAUUCUUCAACGUGUUUCCAGAUAUAGACGUCAUUCCCGUGGUCAGGGGCGGAGCUGUGUACGAGCGCCUGUCGACCCUGGACACUUACAUCAACGCUAAGGACUUUGCUUCGCCGGAAAAGCUCGGCAGGUACCUGCAGGAACUGUCUCGUAAUAAAACCCAAUACCUGAAGAUGCUGCAGAAGAAAGAUGAGUAUGAUAAGAUAUUCCCUCAACACAAUGCAGGCUGUGAACUGUGUCAAGCUGCCCACUCACGCUCACCACGUCACGUGUUUGAUGACGUUUACUCCUGGUUGACACGACCCGGAAACUGUUGGCCUCCAGACGACUUGUCCACUAAUUAGCUCAAAGGAUGUCCGUGUGUGUGUGGCAUGUGUAUGGUGGAAGGGAUGUACUUUUAGGUCAUGUUGAUACAUAUGUUAUGUUCAUUUUACGUUAGUGCAGAGUUUUUACUGAGGCUCUUGGUAUUAUGAGGCCAUGGGAAGCUCUUGGUAUUAUGAGGCCAUGGGAAGCUCUUGGUAUUAUGAGGCCAUGGGAAGCUCUUGGUUUUAUGAGGCCAUGGGAAGCUCUUGGUAUUAUGAGGCCAUGGGAAGCUCUUGGUUUUAUGAGGCCAUGGGAAGCUCUUGGUAUUAUGAGGCCAUGGGAAGCUCUUGGUUUUAUGAGGCCAUGGGAAGCUCUUGGUAUUAUGAGGCCAUGUGAAGCUCUUGGUUUUAUGAGGCCAUGGGAAGCUCUUGGUAUUAUGAGGUCAUGGGAAGCUCUUGGUUUUAUGAGGCCAUGGGAAGCUCUUGGUUUUAUGAGGCCAUGGGAAGCUCUUGGUAUUAUGAGGUCAUGGGAAGCUCUUGGUUUUAUGAGGCCAUGGGAAGCUCUUGGUAUUAUGAGGCCAUGGGAAGCUCUUGGUUUUAUGAGGCCAUGGGAAGCUCUUGGUUUUAUGAGGCCAUGGGAAGCUCUUGGGUUUAUGAGGCCAUGGGAAGCUCUUGGGUUUAUGAGGCCAUGGGAAGCUCUUGGUAUUAUGAGGCCAUGGGAAGCUCUUGGUUUUAUGAGGCCAUGGGAAGCUCUUGGGUUUAUGAGGCCAUGGGAAGCUCUUGGUUUUAUGAGGCCAUGGGAAGCUCUUGGGUUUAUGAGGCCAUGGGAAGCUCUUGGGUUUAUGAGGCCAUGGGAAGCUCUUGGUUUUAUGAGGCCUCCAGUCUUCAGGGGAAUUAUUGGAAAAGAUACAAUAGAAAAAUAUAAAUUUCGUUCAAAUGCUUUGCAUCAAUUAAUUUACUGACAUAUUUGUUGACCCAUUCAAAACACUGCCAAAACAAAUGACUAUCCAUUCUCAUUUUGAUGUCAUGAUCAUAUUGUCAUUGAUGUCCUAUACUUGUCAUAAUAAAUAUACUUACCAAAGUUAAAUAGCACA